AUGCCACUUCGGGUUCCCGAGCAGUCAGCGAACGAACGAAGAUCCUACAGGACCGACGUCCAGGGCCGCUCAAGCAAUAUUGACUUAACACCUAGCAAUGCUGCCGCGAAGAGGGCUUUCUCCGACGUUGUGGGGUGGACACUUCAACGGUCGCAAAAAGACAUCGAGGAUGACAACAAGGCGAACUCAGGGUCACGCUCCCCAGAUCCGAGGGACCAUGCCAAGAAAUUCAUGUGGAUUUCCUCAGAACAAACCAGUGAUCCAGACGUCUCACGUUUUAUCAGACAGCAUCAAGUUGGCCAACUCUCGUCAUCUGCAAAUUCGUCCUUUGAUGGCUCUGCUGCUCAGAAAGUCGAGCCCGAAUCCGCGAUACAUAUCUGGACCGGCUGUUUCUUCCUAGACCUUAAUUAUCGGCCGAUUCGACCAGGCGGGGGAUGGAGAGCCGGCAGGCUCAAUGAACAAACCCUCAACGACGUCGUUCUGGCCGUUGACGAUUCCAGUGCAAUGGGCGUCAGAGUCAGGCACAUCGUAUUACAGGUCCAUGAACAGAGUGGCAGGAUCUAUGUGCGAAGUGUUACUGACAAAGCCGACGUGGAGAUGGACGGAAUGAGAUUGUCGCGUGGGCAUAUUCAUGUCAUGAACAAUCGUUCCACUCAUCUUCGCAUUGGCCAAUUAGCAUACCACGUGGAGCUCACUGUAGGACAGUGGACAAUCUCUAGUGCUGGGACAAUUGGUUCUGGUGGUGGAGGGCGAGUUAGUGCGGCCAUGAACAGUUCAGGUGAUAUUGUCGCCCUGAAGAGGAUGACGGCUACCAAGGGGUCAAAAACCCUGCAGAAACGUAUUAACACACUGCAGCUGCUAACAACACUCGCGGAUGACGCGCAGGAAAAUCGAAUUUUGCGGCUUCGUGAAGUCAUAACAGAUGAUCCCACAGGAAGCAACCCUUCAUCGGAUGUCUGGUUUGUGCUAUUCCCGGCCUUGCCCGAAACGCUAUAUGAUUAUCGACAUAUGUCUUUGCCGUCAGAGCCGCAAGGAAUCAAGAAGACAACCAGCAUGAUUAAGUCAAUUCUCGAAGCUCUCGUGUUCUUGCAUUCUCGACAAUGGAUACACGGUGACAUUAAACUUCCCAACAUCGGUAUGCGGGAAUGGACCGAAACCAGUGCAUCUGUAGUGCUGUUGGACCUGGACGAUGCCAUGUAUACUCCGACAGGUCAUGUGUCGGCAGCUGCUGGAUUGACUGGAACUGUUGGUUGGCUAUCUCCAGAGAGAGAACUAGACGGCUUCACGGCCACUAGCGUUUGGGCAGUCGGUGUCGUGGCAAUAUGGCUCCUUUUUGGUCGACAUCCGUGGCCAUGCCUCGUUAACCCGUGGCGUGCGGGCCUCGAGUGCGAGAAGCACCGGCCUCAAUUCCACAAGAAUUUUGGCAAAGCCGUCGCUGACAUUCGACGACAUAACUUGGAUGGCCAUGCGGGAGAACCGGUGUCGAGGCAGGAGGCUGUUACCCAAGGAGUAUAUACGGAGCCUUCCGCGCGAGAGCCGGACCAUAGACAGGUUGAAGAAGAAGUAGUGCAGGGGUGGCGGCUUCUUAGUUUUGAUGACAGGAUCUAUGACGAUGAGCCGGUGCGCGAUUUCACAGCCUGCGACCAGGAGUGCGGGUAUUGUGGACAAUGCGACUAUUAG